AUGGAACAGCAAACAGAUGAGACGCACGAAGGCACUGAACCACAUGUUGAAUGCGUAUCUGGCAGCUCUGACCAUGCCGAUCAGUCAAAUUCGUCAGGUACUGCACGAACUAGAUCCCAGCGCGUUCGAAGACGGAAAAAGCGCCGACCGGAACUACGCUUCAUUCCGCCCAGCUACCAGUUCAAGGAAGAAAUGCGCCAAAUUCUGUGCAAUGAUUUAGGUAUGGGAGAACACUAUGCCCAACUGGUUCUCACGUUGUAG